GACACGGAAAUAGUUCUCUGAGUUCCGGGCAGCGUGGGGCUUUUUGGGAAAUUGCGAUUUCGUACUGCGCUUCUCGGCACGCCGUGAACGUUGGAGUGACGGCUGGAAAACGUUUGAAAAAUUCAUACAACAGUUUUAUUUUUUAAUUCUCCUUCAUCAUGUCGAUUGGAGUGCCAAUUAAAGUUCUUCACGAAGCUGAAGGACACAUUGUGACCUGUGAAACAAAUACUGGUGAAGUAUACAGAGGAAAACUGAUUGAAGCAGAAGAUAACAUGAAUUGUCAGAUGUCAAACAUUACUGUUACAUACAGAGAUGGUCGUGUGGCACAGCUGGAACAAGUCUAUAUUCGUGGCAGCAAAAUUAGAUUUUUAAUAUUACCAGAUAUGUUAAAAAAUGCUCCAAUGUUGAAGAGUAUGAAAAACAAAAAUCAGGGCUCGGGAGCUGGAAGAGGGAAGGCUGCUAUUCUAAAAGCUCAAGUGGCAGCAAGAGGAAGAGGUCGUGGUGGAAUGGGCCGGGGUAACAUUUUCCAGAAGAGACGAUAAUUAUCAGCCUUCACUAAACUGAUUUUGAUAUUGGUUUUUGUACAGCUUUUUUCCCUUUACCCCCUUUUUUUUCAUUUAUUGGAUUGUGUUAAUGGGAAUUGUGUUAGAGUAUGGAAAGCUCUGUUAUUUGUAUGGGAUAAAUGUGUUUAUCUUCUACUUUUUAAUAAAGCCUUUAGAACGUUA